AUGCCAUGGCCCAAAGAGAAGAUGCAAAACAGUAACAUCAAAACUGGAAGAGAAAAGGAAAACAUGGUGAGCUUUGCCACUUGGGCUGCUAAUGCCUCCAAGUCAGCUAUACCAGUUUCUGCUGGUACUGUACCAGUUUCUGCCUCCAAGUCAUCUGUACUAGUUUAUGUCGUUAUCGUACCAGUUUGUGUUGGUACUAUACCAAUUUUUGCUGGUACCGUACUUGUUUCUACUGGUACCGUACCAAUUUCUGCCUCCAAGUCAUCCGUACUAGUUUUUGCUAGUACCAUACCGGUUUGUGCUACUACCAUACCAGUUUAUGCUGGCAUCGUACUAGUUUAUGUUGUUCUUGUUGGCACUGUACCAGUUUCUGUUGUAUCAGUACCUGUUGGCACUGUACCAAUUCUUAUUGGCAUCAUACCAGUUCUUGUUGGCACUGUAUCAGUUCUUGUUGGCAUCGUACCAAUUUAUGUCGUACCAGUACAUGUUGGCACAAUACCAGUACCUGUUGGCACCGUACCAGUUCUUGCUGGCACCAUACCAGUUCAUGUUGGCACAGUACCAAUUCCUAUUGGAAUCAUACCAGUUCUUGUUGUACCAGUUCUUGUUGGUCCUGUACCAGUACUUGCUGGAGCCAUACCAGUACCUAUUGGAGUCACACCAGUACUUGCUAGUACCUUACCAAUUCUUGUUGUACUUGUUCAUACAAGCACCGUACAAGUACCAGUUAGAGUCGUACUAGUACUUGUUGGAAUAGUACCAAUACCUAUUGACACUGUACAAGUACAUGUUGAUGUUGUACAAGUACCUACUGGUAUCACACCAAUGUCUUCCGUACAAGAACUUGGAUAUGUCGUACCAAUUCCUUGCUCGACCAUUCUAUCUUUUCCUGGUAUGGCCUCCCCUGCCACUGUCUGGUCUAUCGUACUAGUACCCUUCGUGGUUUCUGAUGCUAGUACUGGUUUUUGUGGUAAUGAUACCCGUCGUUGCGCUGGUGGUUCCCCUUCAUUGAUUUUUUGGAACAACACCCCUACUGGUCGUACGUCCCUCACAGGGUUGGCCACUGUAAGUGCUUCUUGUGGUACCAAGUGUGUCGAAGGUAAUUUGGAAGGUGUGAACUUUACCCUUGUACUCUUCCAUUAUGUUUGUAACCUUCUGUGUUGA